AUGGGCCUGAUGCUUCAUACCAAUGCAAAGCAACUGAUUAAAGCACAAAAUUACCGAGAUGCAUUGGAAAUGCUCAGCAUGGAGAAGGAGGCUUUAUCUCUAUGCAAUCCAAAGGUUAUUGAGAAAUUACAAGAUAUGAUAGAAGCCAAACUUCCAAACUGUGGCAUACUGGCAAAUCCACACAUUGAAUCAAGAAUAAAGACAUUGAAAGAGAAAUAUGUUGCAUUAAGCGAAGCAUUAUCUCAGAGUGGUUUUGGAUGGAAUGAAGAAGCAAUGAUGUUGGAUUGUGAAAGAAGUGUAUUCGAUGAGUGGGCAAAGAACAAAAAGGAUGCAAAAGGUUUGUAUGGUAAACCAUUUGAACAUUAUUAUGCCCUUGGAGAGAUCUAUGGAAAAGAUCGUGCAAUGGGAACAAAUGCUGGAAAUGCUGAAGAUGAUGAAGAAGAAGUUAGGGAAGAGGAUGCAAGCAUGAAUCAAGAGGGUGUACGAGCUGAUGACUUUUUUGAACAAAUGAACAUGACUACUGAUGGUGGAUCUCAGUAUAGGGGAUCACAAUUUCAUGAUUUAUUCCGAUUCCAAGUUAGUAAACGUGCCAUUAUUCAACUCUCAAGUUCUCAAUAA